AACAUUUGUUCGUGUAAGGCUUUUUUUACUAUCUCUUCUAUUUACUCAAUUUCUUCUUACACAUUUGUUAUACGUAAAAGGAACAUUUCUUUGAUUCUUUUUUUGUUGUCACUACCAAAACGUACUGAUUUGUUUUUUGAAUAGGUGGGUUCCUAGAGUAAAAAAGAGACCGAUAUUUAAACUUUUGUCCCUUGACUAAAACUCAAAACAUUUCUGUUUGUUUUUUGUUAGUUAAAUAUGUUUAAAAUAAAUAAAUAAUCAUAUAGCUAUUUAUGAAAGUAUUAAUAUACAAAUAACUUUCAAAAGUUAUUAAUUAAAUUUCAAACAAUAAUCCUGUGUUUCAAUAUCUACUUUUGCAAUUGUUAUUUCCAUAAUUCCAUUAAUACAAAUUUUUAGAUAUUGAUAGCUACCUAACUCACACUUUUUAAAUUUUAGUUAUGUCGACAAGUUUUUUUUUUGUUACAUGAUGUUAAUUACGACUAAUCAGGUUUUUAAAGUAAUAAAUCAAUAUUAAAAAGUGCCUCAACAAAGAAAAAGUGUUGGACCAUGGUCGUCUAUAAUUAUUUAUCAAAACAUAGUCACACACACCCUUGCCGUUAUUGUCUAGAACUCUCUCUCGCUCUCCCAAAAACUCAUCUCUCACCACCGUCUCAAACCAAGUUCGAUCUAAAAGCCUUUUCCUUUAGAUUCUCUCCAACAACAAAUCUCUUUGAAUCACUCAGUCAUGUCGGUUUUACUUCCUCUCUGUCUGAUUAUCUCCAUGUUCACCUAUUCAAACGCAGCGUAUUGUCUUUGCAAAGAGGGGAACGAGCAAGUGCUUCAGAAGGCAAUAGACUACGCUUGUGGAAAUGGAGCUGACUGUACCCAGAUCCAACCCACCGGAGCUUGUUACCAACCUAACACCGUCAAAAACCACUGUGACGUCGCCGUCAACAGUUACUACCAGAAAAAAGCUUCUUCCGGUGCCACCUGUGACUUUAACGGCGCCGCCUCCCCCUCUACUACCCCUCCGUCAACUGCUUCAAACUGUUUAACUGGUUCAAGCUCUAGUGGCACUCCUACCACAGGAACACCAACUACUGGGACACCAACCAGUGGGACCCCGACUACCGGAACUCCGACCACCGGAACCCCCACCACUGGAACUCCAACCAGUGGGACUCCAACUAGUGGCUUCCCAAAUACCGGGACUCCAAACACAGGGACUAACACUGGGAUGCCAAAUUCCAACGGGAUGCCAACUUCAUCGUCAUCUUCGGUGUUCCCGGGGACUACUCUUGGCCCGACUGGGAGCGGGGGACUAGGCGAUCCAAAUGCUGGAGAGAAGCUGUCUGUUCGAACUAACACAGUGGUCUUCUUAUUAACCGGUGUAGCAGCAAUGCUUGUCAUAUGAGGGCUUAGAAGUCACACGCGGUUAUGGUUGUAAUUGAGUUGCUGAGAGAUCAGAUCUUGCCAACGGCUCAUGGUUGAUAGAGUCAUCUUUUUUUUCACUCGUCUUUCUAGGAUUUGGACUUAGGUUGGCCGAGAGACGUAAUGCUGGUAGUAGCUAGUAUUUUGGGUUAUGUACAACUUUAACUAAGAGCUUUACUUUUGUAAAUCCGGAGGAUGAGAUGCUCUUUUGUUUCUUAUAUUCUUUUUAAUCCGUUUACUUGGAUCUUUCAUCUUUUAAUACGUACCGUCGUUAUCACAUACCAAAACAAAUGCAAAACCAAAUAAAAAGUUAAUUUUGUGACUUCAAACCA